AUGUCGACCGCAAAUUCAACCACGAAGUCAACCACAAAGUCAAAGGAGAAGGUAGAUAAAUCAGAUAAAGCAAAAACUCAUAAACUCUCGCUGAAGGGUUCCUCGAAACUGGUUGCAGAAUUCUUCCAAUUCUCAAUAAACACAAUUCUCUUCCAAAGAGGCGUAUACCCCGCCGAAGACUUCUCAGCUGUCAAGAAGUAUGGCCUCACAAUGCUUGUUUCGUCGGACGACCAAGUCAAAGCCUACAUCAAGAAGAUCAUGUCUCAACUCGACAAAUGGAUGAUACACGGAAAAAUUACUAAACUAAUCAUCGUAAUCACCUCCAAAGAAACAGGCGAAGAUGUCGAACGCUGGCAAUUUGACGUCGAAAUCUUCAACAAACCAUCUAAGAAAUUAUCCAAAUCCAAACCCACAACUACCCCCUCCACAUCAGAAAAUGCCCCCACCGAGAAAGAAGCACCAGCGCCCGCACCUGCACCCGAGAAAACGGAAGCAGAAAUCCAGUUGGAGAUUCAAUCGAUUUUCAGACAAAUUACUGCCAGUGUGACGUUUUUGCCAGAAUUGGAUGGUGCCUGUACGUUUAAUGUGCUGGUGUAUGCGGAUGCGGAUAGUGAUGUUCCAAUGGAAUGGGGAGAUAGUGAAGCUAGAGAGAUUGUGGAUGGGGAGAAGGUACAAUUGAGAAGUUUCAGCACAGCCAAUCAUAGGGUUGGGACUAUGGUUAGUUAUAAAGUGUUGGAAUAA